AUGAAGGCAUCAGAGGAUGAUCCGUGGCUUAUCACAGAACCAGCGAACAGGCUCACCAUGCGCAGUAGCUACAACGCACUACAUUCUGUCGGAUUCCGUCAUGGACUUGCUAAACCCGCAAUGCACCGUGAAGAAAAUGGCUCGCGCAAUCUUGCGUAUGUUGCUCGUGUUUCUGGAGAGUGCCCAUUUGAUCCAAGUGGAGGCAAAAAGUUAUCUUCGAUUUUAGCGAGCAAUUUGGAUGAUAGCAAGGAGCCGCCCCAGCUAGCAGCUUCCGGUCUGACGACUAGCGACGGGACUCUCAUCACCAGGGUUGGGCAAACGAGGCACGAGGUUAGUCCCCCAUACACAUCGCUCCCAACAUACGCCUCCACUUGGGUCAAACGGGUACUCUCCGGAAACUCGAGCAACAUACGCAAGAUUGUGCGAGCCAUUUUAUUCGCGGUGUAUUGCGGGUUUAGCAAGUCCAUGACGGAAUCCUCGAAGGCGCUAAGAUUAGUGUUCAGCUGCCUUUUAUCGUCUUAUCGUCUUUUAAAUGACCGACAGAACGCAGUGCAUUGUAGCUACUGCGCAUGCGAAGCUACAAGUUCAGAGAUCAAGGCAUGGGCUCAUGUUCAAAGUCUCAAUUCCUCUCUUGAUGAGCGGAAUCUGGAUUUGAGAGUUAAAGUUGCGAUUGAAGCUGAGGCAAAAGCUUGCUGCCUCGGAAGCUCGGAAGCUGGGAUUGUUGAGCUUAGACAAAAGUUGGAGGCUUCUAAAAGGUUCUUUUCUCUUGUCAAUGUUUACUGA